AUGGCCAAUGCUGAUGUAGUCACGUACAAUGUUGCGGUUCUCGUCACCACGCUCUUCGUUCUGGAAUUUGGAGCCGACAAAUUCAUCGAUCACGCCGCCAUCGUUGUUCGCCGGACUGGAAUACCAGAGACGAUCGUUGGACUUCUGACGGCAGGCGGGGAGUGGGAGGAGCUUGCAGUCGUCAUUGCAUCACUUGCACACCGACGAGCUUCGUUAGCUCUCGGGAAUGUCGUCGGUUCUGCUAUCUCGAACAUCCUAGGAGCUUUUUCGCUGGGUCUUUUAUGUCAUCCGGGGGGCGCAUCACUCGAAUUUGAUAGGAGCUCACGAACCUAUACCCUGCUGCUACUUGCUUUGACAACUACCAUUUUACCAGUCAUAUACUUCCCAAGGAGAUCGGUAUGGCAAAUCUGUGGGGCAUUGCUGGUUGCGUUUUUCGCUCUUUACAUCGGCUCUGUGGCAUGGGCAAUAAGUAGGGGUAGCCUAACCGCGCCCGAGGACUCUGAUGAUGAUAGCAGUGACACCAGCAGCAGUGAUAGCGAUGAGAUUAUAGAUCCGACAGAGAGAACACCCCUUUACCUCAAUGGAGAUACGGACGUACGAGACGGAUCACCUGUCUUUGGGUCAUCUGGCCACCUAGAUCACGUUGGCGAAUCCACCGAAGCAGCUCCCACGAGGAGGACUGGCCGGCCACGGCGCAGUCUGUCUUACCAUAUCUCCUACCUCAUCCUCGGCUUCCUCGCCAUAUGUCUAUCUGGCUAUGUACUCGCUCACUCCGCCACCACAAUCAUAGACGAGCUUGGUAUAUCCGACGUACUUUUCGGCGUGGUGGUUCUGGCGAUCGCAACAACGCUCCCGGAGAAGUUUGUCGCGAUUGUCAGUGGCUCCCGGGGCCAUGUUGGCAUCCUCGUUGCCAACACUGCGGGAAGCAAUAUAUUCCUGCUCUCCCUGUGUCUGGGUGUUGUCAUGCUUGACACGUCAGGGGAUUUGAAGAGGGGCAGCGUGAAUGUGGCUGAACUGGGGGUGUUGUGGACUUCAACACUUGCUUUCACCCUCACAAUCUGGAUUGGUGGCAGGUAUUGUCGGUGGAUUGGGGCUGUCAUGCUGGUGGGCUAUGUGGCUUUCAUUGUGCUAGAGUUUGCGGUUAUUCAUGGCAUAGCAGUGGAUUAUUAG